ACAGACAAGAAGAAAGAGAAAAAGUAAACAGAGGGAAGGGGAGAGGAGAGGAAAAGCAAAGGCGGACAACAGGAAAAAGAGAACGAAGGAAGCCAAACUUUCUUCUCAAGGAUCAUUCCACCUCGUACUAUCUGGUCGAGUCAAAGCGCUCAACCAUGAGGCUGUAAAUCCCUCUUCCUUCUUUCCUCUAACAGAGAUCUUUCUUCAUUGCCUGACCCCAUGUCUCCCAAAGUGGGACCCACCACUCAAAGCACAGGCACCCACGUCUGGAUGCUUCUGUGCCCCCUGCUCUGUACUCUGGUCCUGGCUAGGGGCUCCACGCUGAGCCCCGAGGACUUGCAGAGCACAGUUGCCAUGUCGCUGCCAGAGGACACGAAUGGCACAACAAUCCAGCUGCAACCAGACCUGCAGACCGAAGCCCAGGUGCCAACGGACACACAGACAGAAGCACAGACAGAAGCACAGACAGAAGCACGGUCAGAGGCUCUGCCAACUCAGAGCACCACCAGCAACUAUACAGGUAUGUCCUGUAUCCCUGUCCUGCCACCACGCCGUGGCUCCUUUUACGUAGAAAGCGGCACAGGUGUGUCGAUCGGUAGCGUUUUGGCCUUCUGGUGCAGAGAGGGAUACCAGCUAGUCGGCAGCGACAAAAUCUACUGCAAUGUCAGGAAUGGCAAACCGCAGUGGAGCAACUAUCUGCCUGUCUGUGAAGCGAUCCCCAGACCCGAGGACCGUGGUCUGAGAGUGGCUGUGUUGGCUUCAGUGGUGAGUGGCAUUGUCAUCCUUGCCAUGUCCCUGUCCUUCCUCAUCUGCUGCCUGCAGGAACGAUCCAGUCGAGACCGAACCAAGAAGGAUGGGCGGAGCAGGCGCAGAGAGAAGCGUUCGGCCCGUCGCAGCGAGUGUUGGCUGGAGAGAGAAGAGGGAGAUUGGGAAGCUUUUCCUCCUCCCAAAAUCUUCCAUCUCUCCCAGAGAAUGAACCCCCGCCUGGCUCCUGACAGCCCCCUCUACCUGACUGGAGGGCUCGGUGGAUAUGAGAACAGGGGUUACCAGAGGAGUCAGGAGAGUUUGCUGAAGGCCUCUCUGCCUGGACUUUACCGCUCCGAGUCUCAGCUUUACCCACAUGUUGUCCUGCAGAGGGUUCCGACUCCAACAGCACCUUCUGCCCCUUCUGCUCCAUCUGCCCCCCUCUACCUCCACCUCCCUGCCUCCUCUUCCUCUGCCUCCUCACCAGCCCACACGAGCACCCACGGUCAGCCUCACAUCAUGCCGCAGUAUCCUACCCCGACGUACCCACCCAACCCUAACACAUCUGUGCCCGCCUACCCGCACCCAACACCAGCGCCUAUCUACCCCAACCCCAACCCGACACCACAGCGGCCAUGGCAGUAGCUACAUCUUCCACUUUUUAUGGAGGCCGCUGUGCCGUCCCUGCUGAAUACAUUGGAGGAACAGCUUCACAGCCACGUUUUGGAGACACAUGAAGUGUUUUUACUCCUCUUCAUCCCUGUUUUCUCCCACAGAAGGCUACAGAUGCAAUGUUCCAAUGCAGACAACAUGAAGAAAAAGUGUCAAAGUGGAAAUGCUGCCAGUGUAGAAGCUCCCGGUGUUACUGCAUGCUUGUUGAACUUCCCCUGCAUUUUGGACUAAACAGGACGUGAAAGCUGGAUUUUCUUUUUGUCUUUAAUUCUUACUGAACUGCUGCUGCUGCUGCUGCUGCACUCUCUGCAAGAGGAGUCUUGGUCUCUUUUAGCCGUCAGAAAUUACAAGAAAGCUUCAAGUAGCCGGUCGACAAGGGAACACAGGAAGUUUUACUUUGUGUUUUGAUGUUUAUAAAAGAUAAGAAGGAUUAUAAAGGACUAUGGUUGCCAGUGUUUAGGCAGCUCUAAUCUCAGCUAGUAAGUUUUUUAAAACUUUGCCGUUACAAAAAAAGAUCCCU